AAAUUUGACAAGGUAAACAUCAAAUUUGCAUUAGUCAUUAGAAGCAAAAUGGGCCGAAAAUGAGAUGUUUAAUUGUGUAAUUAUGUAAUUAUAGAUUUUCGGAGCAAUAUUAAACACCAAAACAGGAAAAUAUGAAUUAUGAUUAUGCACAAUCCAAGACUUGGAUAUUUAAUAGCAAUUAUUGCCAUAAGUUUAAUUGUUACUUUUUACCAAAUACAAUUCGCUAAAUUGCAAGACAAGAUAGAAACAUUAGAACGUAACAUUGUAAGACAUGAUCAGCAGAAACUAGUACUUAACAAUAAUGUGAACGAUAAUGAUUUUGUACUUAUUUACAAUAGAGUUCCAAAGACUGGAUCAACAAGUUUUGUUGGUGUGACAUAUGACUUAUGUAAAGUAAACAAAUUCCAUGUACUGCAUGUAAAUAUAACUGCUAACAGCCACAUACUAUCCCUAGACAAUCAGUUUAAGUUUGUUAAAAAUGUAACCAACUGGAAAUCUAUUAAACCAGCAUUAUACCAUGGACAUUUUGCUUUUGUGGACUUUUCCAAGUUUGGGGUACCAAAACCUUUAUAUAUAAAUAUUAUAAGGAAACCUUUAGAUAGGUUUAUAUCUUAUUAUUAUUUUGUUAGAUAUGGUGAUAAUUUUAGACCUUACCUGAUUAGACGUAAACAUGGUAAUACAGUAUCAUUUGAUGAAUGCGUGUCUAAAAGUUUACCUGACUGUGAUCCAAAUAAUAUAUGGCUACAAAUUCCAUUUUUCUGUGGCCAUUCAGCAAAUUGCUGGAAACCUGGUAACAAAUGGGCUUUAAAUGAAGCAAAGAAAAACCUAGUAAACAACUAUCUACUUGUUGGUGUGACAGAAGAGCUGAACGAUUUUAUAGAUAUUCUCGAGCAUACUCUUCCCACUGUUUUCAAUGGUUCCUUACAUCAUUACUUAAACAGCAAUAAAUCUCAUUUAAGACAAACUGUUCAGAAGGAAAUGCCCUCUGAAAAAACCAUUGUAAAAUUACGACAAAGUAUGGCAUUGCAAAUGGAAAACGAAUUUUACGAAUUUGCUUUGGAUCAAUUUCAUUUUAUUAAGAAACAAGGAAAAAAGAGAAUCCAGAAUCUUAUGUAUGAAAAAAUUAAGCCAAAACUAAUUUAAUUACCUCAUAUAAAUAUAAAUAAGGCCAUGUGUUAUUAAUAUUUUAUUUUAGCAAAUUACUGGUAGCAAUUUGCCAAGACAUGCACUAUUUUUUAUUAAAA